AGAAAAGCCAAAAUACCUUUUUGAAAGCUCUGCGUUUGGUUUAGUUUCACUUUCUGGCAAUUUACUAUGCAAUAUGAAUAUGGGCUUGAAGCUUGAUCUGUCUAUUCAUGCUUCUAUGUGUUUAUUUUCAAGAAAUUGUUUAUUAGGUGGUAUUGAGGAUGGGGAGGAGCCUAAGUCUGUAGCCCUUAGGGAAUUGCAAGAAGAAACUGGUGUAGUAUCAGCUGAGAUUAUUGCUGAGGUUCCUAACUGGUUGACAUAUGAUUUUCCUCCAGCUAUUAAGGCCAAAGUGAAUCGCCUCCGGGGAGGUGAAUGGCAUGGGCAGGCACAGAAGUGGUUUAUUUCUUCUUGCGUUCUUUUCUUUUUCUGUAGAGAAGUACAUUUGUGGCCUAGAUUUGGUUUUGUUUAUAUUUGCAUUCACCGCACUAAGAGAGUAGCUUGUAAAAAUCAUUUGACAGCUAUAACUAGAGACAUAAAGGGCGAAGAAUCAUUAGCAGCUAUGGAGAUUAUGACUAGAUAUUGAAAGCAGGCAGGCUUCAUGUGUGUGUUUGUAGUUAGGGGUAUAAAAUGCUUUUCGUUAAACUCGAGAAUAGUUCUUUAGUUUUGAUACAAAUCCCUUGAUGGAUUACUAAUGAGCUUCAAAAUACCAUAUCAAUCUGCAUUUUAAUACAAGCUUUUUAGGUCUUUCAUUAUCUUUGUGAUAUAUGUAUGCCUUCCUCGGCAUGUUUAUUCCUAUAAAGUGAUGGUUUAUAG